ACUACGUGCGUGCGUGCCGGUGGCGGCGCAUGCGUGCUGGGACGCGCCCGUCCCCAGAGCCGCCCCAGUGCAGCUGCUGGCUCCGUCCCUCGCUCCUCGGAGGAGGGCGAAGAAGCGGCAGCGGCAGCCGCGGGGGAGGCGGAGGCGCCGCCAAGACGGACUUCCUGUGGGACAAGCGCACCGGGCUGGCGGCCAAGAGGAUGCCUCAUUCCAGAAGAUUCCGCUCCUCCGAACGCAGCAGCCGCGGCAGCUUCCAUGAGCGAUACAGAAGCCGUAAGCUGAAGCGGAGACGGAGCCGCUCCCGGUCCAGCAGCAGCGAGCGGCGCCAUCGCCGGGAAAACAGCUACCACGUCCGUUCGCGGAGCUACGACGAGCACUCGUCCGACCGGCGGGCCCACGACAGGCGCUACUGCGAUGGCUACCGGCGGAACGGCUACAGCCGCGAGCGGGGCGACGCCUACUACGAGGCCGAGUACCACCACUCGUACGAGUAUCAGCACUCCCGAGACCGGGACGGCAGCUACCGCAGCUGUAAGAGCAGUCGGCGGAAGCGCCGGCGAAGGCGCCACCGCAGCCGCUCUCUCAGCCGCUCCUCUUCGCGGAGUCGUCAGAGCAGCAGAAGGGCCAAGGGUGUGGAAGACGACGACGACGGCCACCUCGUCUACCGGGUCGGCGACUGGCUUCAGGAGAGAUACGAGAUCAUCAGCACCCUCGGAGAGGGCACCUUUGGCAGAGUGGUGCAGUGUGUCGAUCACCGCAGGGGCAACACACGCGUGGCUCUCAAAAUAAUCAAGAACGUGGAGAAGUACAAAGAGGCGGCCCGGCUGGAGAUCAACGUGCUGGAGAAAAUUAACGAGAAGGACCCGGAGAACAAGAACCUCUGUGUGCAGAUGUACGACUGGUUCGACUACCACGGCCACAUGUGCAUCUCCUUCGAACUCUUGGGACUCAGCACCUUUGACUUCCUCAAGGACAACAACUACCUGCCUUACCCCAUCCACCAGAUACGGCACAUGGCCUACCAAGUGUGCCAGGCCGUCAAAUUUCUCCACGAAAACAAGCUCACGCAUACGGACCUCAAGCCUGAAAAUAUCCUCUUUGUCAGUUCGGAUUACGAGAUGACUUACAACCUGGAAAAGAAGCGAGAUGAGCGAAGUGUCAAGAACACAGCUGUCCGGGUGGUUGAUUUCGGCAGCGCCACCUUCGACCACGAGCACCACAGCACCAUCGUCUCCACGCGGCAUUAUCGGGCGCCCGAAGUCAUUCUAGAGCUCGGAUGGGCCCAGCCGUGCGAUGUCUGGAGUGUCGGCUGCAUCAUCUUCGAGUACUACAUGGGCUUCACUCUCUUCCAGACCCACGACAACCGGGAGCACCUGGCCAUGAUGGAGCGCAUCCUGGGUCCCGUCCCGUCCCGCAUGAUCCGGAAGACUAGGAAGCAGAAAUACUUCUACCAUGGCCGCCUGGACUGGGACGAGAAUACUUCGGCCGGACGCUACGUCCGGGAGCACUGCAAGCCGCUACGGGAUCCUGCCGUUGUCCAGCACAGGCCCAGCUCCGAGUACGCCACCCUGGAUGUCUACAAUCCGUUUGAAAGCCCGGGGCAACAGCUUCCUCCUCCAUAUGAGACCCAACCCUCAGUUCCACCAGCCCAACCAGGGCCACCGGCUUCUGCCUCCCAGCCUCCAAGGAAGCCCAGUCCCACAGAGCCCAGGAAUUAUGGCUCCUACGGAACCCAGGAGUCGACUGCGGCAGCCACCGCCGAGCUGCUGAAACGCCAGGAAGAGCUGAACCGCAAAGCGGAGGAGCUGGACCGGAGGGAGCAAGAACUGCGCAACGCGGCGCUGGGUAGUGGCGCAGCCCGGCAGAACAACUGGCCUCCGCUGCCUGCCUUCUGCCCCGUGAAGCCCUGUUUCUACCAGGACAUUCCUGUGGACAUCCCUGUUGAGUCCCAGAAAACGGUCACCACCAUGUACUACCUCUGGAUGGCCAGUGUGGUGACUCUCUUGCUCAACUUCUUGGCGUGUCUGGCCUGGUUCUGUGUGGACAAGUUGACCCCCUCCAGCUCCGGGUCUGCCUUCGGCUUCUCCAUCCUGUGGGGCUUGCUCUUCACACCUUGCUCCUUCGUCUGCUGGUAUCGGCCCUUGUACAAGGCCUUCAGGAGUGACAGCUCUUUCAACUUCUUCGUCUUCUUCUUCAUUUUCUUCGUGCAGAAUAUUGUGUACGUUCUGCAGCUCAUUGGCAUCCCAAACUCAGGCUUCAGCGGUUGGAUCGUCAGCCUCACGGCCUUGAAGCAGAACACUGGCGUGGCCAUUCUCAUGAUGGUGGUGGCCAUUCUCUUCACGGUGGUGGCCGUGCUGGGCAUCUUCAUGCUGAAGCGAAUCCACUCCCUCUACCGCCGCACAGGGGCCAGCUUCCAGAAGGCCCAGGAGGAGUUCGCCGCCGGCGUGUUCUCCAACCAAGCCGUGCGCACGGCAGCUGCGAGCGCGGCCACCGGGGCGGCGAGCAGCGCCUUCCGGCCCUCCUAACGGGUGGUGGGUUGGAAUCGGCGGCUGCAGCUCUUCCUCGGGCCCCGUCCCGCGGCGGGGUUGGGGCGGCUUCGACGGAAGAAGAAACCAAGUUGCACUUUCCGCUCUCAUCGGAGUCCCUUCACGCGCUGAUUAGGAGGUUCUGCCCUGCCUUUGUGCCCCGGUUUCUGCAUGGACGUGUUACUGCUGUCUCAUCCUCACUCCUCCCUCCACCAGCAAACCCCCCCCCCCCGCCCCACGUCCCCCCUCCGCCCCACCGUUCCUUCCAUGGCAUGCUGCAGAAAGUUUCUCCUCUUGCAGGCCACUGACUGUCCCUUUCAGGGAACUGCCUCGCUACAACUGACCUACUUUGCCAGAGCCUCUUUGGAAAUUCGCUCCCUCCUUCCCCCAGUUUAGCCGAGGUGGGGAGCUGCAGGGACCUCCCCUCCCCCUACACACACACACACACACACACACACACACACACACACACAGAGUUUCCUGUGCCCUCCGGCUGUUGCAUAAGCCCCUCUUUCUUCCAGAGAAGGUUGCCCUUUUAUGGCACCCGGACCUCUUGGAAAUUCAGCCCGCAUGUGCCCAGUUUUCCUUGCAUGGCGAUGCUGCGGCAAGGACUCCUGAGCCUGUUGGAUAGCUGCCUGCCCUCCUCACCGUAAACAUCAGCCCCACCGAUCUGCUACGGAUGCUGCAGCCUGCUUGGUAGGAAUGCAGAACCAUCUGUUGUGCCAAACGGGUUUUAACUUCCCCCUUGAAAUCUCAAGUGUGUGUGUGUGUGUGUGUGUGUGUGUGUGUGUGUGUGUGUGUAUUCCCCCCCCGCCCGUGAAAGGGGUUGCUUCCUCCUGUUCUGACCGCGGCAGCCGAGAGCACGGAGUUGCCCCAGACAGGUAUCCGGUGGGGGGGAAGAGGUACCAUAAGGUUCCUGCCGUCGCCCUCACUGGCUUAUAGUGCCCUUUUCGGACUGCAGGCAGCUGUUCUGUGGGCAUGCUUCCCGUCAGGGUGCUCCCGCUCUGCAGGGUGUCUUGUCGGGUUUUUUGGUUUCGUUGGUUUUUUUUUGCCGGCAUUGUCCAGUAGGGGCCAGUGUUGGGCCUAUAUAGUCAACUAUAUAGUUGACUCAUAUAUAUUUGGUCAACUGCCUUAUUAGUUGCAGGAGUUUUGCUCUGCCCUGUGUGUGCUUCUUGUCCGGGGCGGUCUUGUGAAUGGCUCCCUGUGCAGAGCCCUUCUUCCAUGCCUUCUUUUUCCUCGAGGCCUGGGGGGGCCCCUGAUUUCUCCCACCCACCUGCAUCUCCAUAGCCGGCCUGAUCUUCCGUACAGGGCUGUCUUCCUCUUCAAGGGGGCUGAUGUGUCUGGUUUUCCCGGGUUCCAUUUCUCUCUCCCACUCCCACAACCACCACCACCAGACGACCACAGGGUAUCGCUCCCCCCCCCAACGCCGCCACCUCUGUGUCUUGGUUGGCUUCUCUGUCGCCUCCUGCUCCUUGGCCCUCGCCAUUGUGGAGCAGAGGGACCGCUUCGUGUGUGUCCCCCCCCCCCCCCGGUGAGCGUGUUCCUCCUCCACCUCCUGCUGGUUCCAGAUCUCCCUCUAGCAGGAGCGUUUCCUCUCCUCUCUGCCUCAUUCCAGCCAUUUGAGCCCGUAUCGGAUGCAUCUCUGCUUCUGUGUCUCUGGCACUUCUGGACUUCUCGAUAUUUCCCUGCCUCCGUAUUUUUGCUCUCCCCCCCCCAUACGCCCGCCCACCCCCCUCGAGAACAUGUUGGACUUUCUUGUCCUUUUUGUGUUUUUGUAUAUGUGUGUGUGUGGUGGGGGGGCGUGCGUUUCUCCUUGAUGAUGAUGAUUAUUAUUAUUUUGCUGUGCCAAAUGCAAGGUAACUCAUGGGAUUUUAUUUAAGGAAUAAACGACAUUUUAACUCG